ACUCCUUGUAUAGAGAACCGGCCUCCUCCUCCUCCUCCUACUAAAGUCAUCCUCCCCAUUCUCGUAAAGAACAGGGCAAAGAGACAGAGAGAGAGAGUUCGGAAAAAUGUCGGACGAGGAGCACCAUUUUGAGUCUAAGGGCGACGCAGGGGCGUCGAAGACGUACCCCCAGCAAGCUGGUACCAUUCGUAAGAAUGGCUAUAUCGUCAUCAAGAACAGGCCUUGCAAGGUUGUAGAAGUUUCUACUUCAAAGACAGGCAAGCAUGGACAUGCAAAGUGCCACUUUGUGGGAAUUGACAUAUUUAAUGGGAAGAAGCUUGAGGAUAUUGUUCCUUCAUCCCACAACUGUGAUGUUCCUCAUGUUUCUCGCACUGAUUAUCAGUUGAUUGAUAUCUCUGAAGACGGUUUUGUGAGUCUUUUAAUGGAUAAUGGAGACACCAAGGAUGAUCUGAGGCUUCCCACUGAUGACAAUCUGCUCGGCCAGAUAAAAGAUGCGUUUGGUGAAGGAAAGGACCUCGUGCUGAGCGUUAUGUCUGCCAUGGGGGAGGAGCAGAUCUGUGCCCUUAAGGACAUUGGCCCAAAAAACUGAAUAUGAUGCUGUAGCAGUAGCUAUGGCUGAUGUCAAAAGAAGCCCUUGCUUUUAGAUCUGAGAGGGAAGUUAUCUACUGGUGUUACAAUAAGUUUCUAUUAGAUGCAAUCUAGUAUUGUAAAAAAAGAAAUUUCAACACUCAUCUGUUUGCUUAGAAUCCUAUCAGGCUUGUGAAUGGGGGAAAUAGAAAGGUGGGGCUGCUUAUACCUCAGUGAAGGGAACUUAAGUUUACAGCAGGAUGGAAUUUAUAUAAAUAUAACUAUUCUGCCA